AUUCGAAUCCCGCGCCUCCCCAUCCCUCGCCCGCCGCCGAUGCCCUCCUCCAAGCGCCCCUCGCCGCGCGCGUCCGCCGAGAUGGAGGGCGACGCGUCCGCCGACGCCGACGCCGGCCUCCGCGCCUCCCCGCCCCGCCCCAGCAAGCGCUCCAAGUCCCGCUCCCGCUCCGGCGACCGCCGCCGCUCGCCCAACCCUAACCCUAGGCCCCGCGCCGACUACUACGGCUCGGCGCCCUCCCGCAAGAGCGAGCGUAAGCGCAAGCCCCGCUCCUUCCCGGACUCCGCCUUGCUCUCCCAGGCCAUCGCGCCCGCCUCUUCCUCGGGCGGCGGCGGCGGCCUCGGCCUCGGCGGCCACGGGGCCGCCCAGAAGCUCUGGACCGACGCCGACGAGAUCGCGCUGCUCAACGGCGCCAUCUCCUUCCGGGCGCGAUACGGCAUCGCGCCACGCCUUCCCGACGUGGAGGGUCUCUACGAGUCCCUCAGGGACAACCUCUCGUCGCACAUCAACCAGGCCAAGGUCUACUACAAGCUCAAGCGGCUCAAGAGCAAGUUCUGUAACACGGCGCUGCCGCCCACCAGCACCCCGCAUGAGCGACGGGUGCGCGCCCUCUCUGCUGACCUCUGGGGCACCGAGGUCGCUCCUUCAGCAGAGGAUCUCCCAGAAGCAGAAGAGCCCGAGGAGGAGGAGGAGGCAGAUGAGGAAUAUACUGGCGCGGUUGUGCCUGUGGUGGUGUCGGCGAGGCUGCCGUUGGUGAGCGAGCUGCUCGGUGAGUACUGGAGGAGGAAUGGGCGUGCCAUGUCAGGAGUGUCACUGGAGAAGGGUUUGGGGUUGCUUGGUGCAGAGGAGGGCAAUGUAGCUGAGACUAGAUGGAGGAGGCAGCUUGAUGCCGAGAUGCGCACACAGUUGCGCCGACAUGAUUUGGCAAAGGAGGUCUUCGGCUUGCUCAGCGACACCAUCAAAGGCCUAGGGCCUUAGCCCGGGAUGGCGUUCGGUGGAGUAUAUAGCUGGGGAUACGCUAACCAUCCGGUACCUGGUUGCUGACCACAAGGCCCUAACAGGGUGUCUAUGGUGCCGGUUCAUGCCUGACGCCUGAUCAAGUGGAACUAGCUGAUGCUUUUGCAAGGCACCCAGGUUGGGGGACACUUAUUUUGCUAAUCCGCUCGCCUCGUGUUCUAGAUAUAUAUGCUAAGGAAUCCCGGUCCAUGACAUUGACACCUUUCGUAUCGACGUCACGUUGUCUGUAAAAUUGUAAAUCAUUUGCUAACUACUGCUACGAUGCUAGGUCUGUUUGGGGGUGCAAGGAUGUGACGUAUCAAUAUUUCUGUUUGAUUCCCAGCCUUCUGGACUCGUGAUAAUAUGCACUUGCAC